CUUAUAAAGCAUCACAGAAUCCACACAGGGAAGAGGCCCUAUGAAUGCACUGAGUGUGAAAAAUGCUUCCCUAGCAGCUCAGCCCUUUCUCAACAUCAGAGAAUCCACACAGGGGAGAGGCCCUAUGAAUGCAGUGAGUGUGGGAAAACCUUCAGUCGCAGUUCACACCUUAUUACGCAUCAGAGAAUCCACACAGGGCAGAGGCCCUAUGAAUGCAGUGAGUGUGGAAAAUGCUUCACUAGCAGCUCAGGCCUUUAUCAACAUCAGAGAAUCCACACAGGGGAGAGGCCCUAUGCAUGCAGUGAGUGUGGAAAAUGCUUCACUGACAGCUCAGCCCUUUCUCAACAUCAGAGAAUCCACACAGGGGAGAGGCCUUAUGAAUGCAGUGAGUGUGGGAAAAACUUCACUAGCAGGUCAAACCUUCUUACCCAUCAGAAAAUCCACACAGGGGAGAAGCCCUAUGAAUGCAGUGAGUGUGGGAAAAACUUCACUAGGAGCUCAAACCUUCUUGCCCAUCAGAGAAUCCACACAGGGGAGAGGCCCUAUGAAUGCAGUGAGUGUGGAAAAUGCUUCACUGACAGCUCAUCCCUUUCUCAACAUCAGAGAAUCCACACAGGGGAGAGGCCUUAUGAAUGCAGUGAGUGUGGUAAAUGCUUCAAUAGCUGCUCAGGCCUUUAUCAACAUCAGAGAAUCCACACAGGGGAGAGACCUUAUGAAUGCAGUGAGUGUGGGAAAAACUUCACUGUCAGGUCAAACCUUCUUACCCAUCAGAGAAUCCACACAGGGGAGAGGCCCUAUGAAUGCAGUGAGUGUGGGAAAAACUUCACUGUCAGGUCAAACCUUCUUACCCAUCAGAGAAUCCACACAGGGGAGAGGCCCUAUGAAUGCAGUGAGUGUGGGAAAACCUUCAAUCGCAGUUCACACCUUAUUACGCAUCAGAGAAUCCACAUAGGGAAGAGGCCCUAUGAAUGCAGUGAGUGUGGGAAAACCUUCAAUCGCAGCUCAAACCUUCUUACCCAUCAGAGAAUCCACACAGGGGAGAGGCCCUAUGAAUGCAGUGAGUGUGGAAAAUGCUUCACUCACAGCUCAGCCCUUUCUCAACAUCAGAGAAUCCACACAGGGGAGAGGCCCUAUGAAUGCAGUGAGUGUGGGAAAACCUUUAUUACCAGCUCAGACCUUAUUAGGCAUCAGAGAAUCCACACCGGUGGGAGACCGUAUAAAUGCAGUGAGUGCGGGAAAACCUUCUGUGGGCACUUAGCCCAUGUUAGUCAUCAGAGAAUCUGCAAGGGAGAUCAACAA